GGUCAUAGACUUGAGCUUCUUCAACCUCAUCCGAGAAAGCAAACAGUACUCAUAAAGCUUUAGUUAGCAAAGUCUUGUUUGGGUGCAUAUACAGGGCAAUAUAAGAAAGUGAGAGAGAGAGAGAAAGAGAAAGAGAAAGAGGGAGAGAGAGGGAGAGAGAGAAUUGAGAGAGAGCAAAAGAGAAAGGAAAACAAAGAGAAAUUCUUUUCUCGCUUCCCUUUAUGAUCUUUUGAUUAAAGCAGCAAGCGCAUCAACUGGACAAGUGUUUUUGGGAGUGGUCAUAAGAGCAACAAAUGAUGGCUGGAAACCCUAACUGGUGGAGCAGUAUGCAUCCACCAUCUCUCUUCCCUUCUCAAUAUGUGCAGCUUGGAUCUCCUAAUUCACUCCCUCUGCCUGACCAUAACCUAGAGCCUCCACAAUCCUGGAGCCAGUUACUAUUGGGUGGAUUGUCCAGCCAGGAAGAUACCUUUGGUACUCUGAGUCAUAAUUUUCAACCUAAAAGUAGGUUGGAAAGUUGGGAGGAGGACCAAAUCUUGAUUACACAAUAUCCAAGGGCUCCUCUUCCUCCUCAUGGUGUUGAUAAUAUUAUAAAGCAAGAGGCUAACUCCCAGAACAGCAUUAACUUAUUGGGCAGUAGUCCUCAUGGAGAUGAAGAAUUUCAGCUGCAGACACUUAGCAGCUGCAGGCCUGUUUGGUCCCCAGUUCAAACCAUGCCAGUUUCAUCCCCUAGCUCUUGUGUCACUAGUUUAAGUAAUACUAAUAAUAUAUUGGACUUCUCCUAUAACAAAACUGACAAUAAGAGGAACCAACAUGCAGAUCACUCAUCUGAGUGUAAUAGCACUGACACUGGUGGGAUAAGCAAGAAGGCCAGGGUUCAACAAUCUCCAAGCCAACCACCUCUCAAGGUGAGGAAGGAGAAGCUGGGUGAUAGGAUAACAUCCCUUCACCAACUAGUUUCCCCGUUUGGGAAGACUGACACUGCUUCAGUCUUGUUAGAAGCCAUCGGGUAUAUCAGAUUCCUUCAGGGUCAAAUUGAGGCCCUCAGCUCCCCUUACUUGGGCAAUGCCUCAAAAAACACGAGGAAGCAACAGUCUCUGCUGAAUGACAAUUGCCUGAAAAGCAAAGGCGCUCCUAACCAGGAAUCACAAGAUCAUAAGGCAAAGGAUCUAAGAAGUAAAGGGUUGUGCUUGGUUCCUGUGUCAUGCACUCAGCAUGUUGGGAGUGACAAUGGAGCUGAUUAUUGGGCUCCUGCUUAUGGAAAUGGGUUUUAAUUAACCCUAAUUUGACAAGCAGUACUAGCAAGUGCAUGUUUUUGACAGUAGGAGUACUGCAGCAUGGUACUGAGCUUUUGUAGAAUGAGAUAACAUUAUGAGCAGUCAAUCUGUUGCAAGUUAAAUUAAGGUUGAUUGGCCAUGAUGUUAUGCAUUCUAAAUUAGAUUUGUGUACUAUUGCUAGCUUUAUAUUGUACUCAUUUACUAACUAAAUAAAAGCUCAAUGUAGUAGUACUAUUCUUGUAGGAAGAAGUACUCCAUGCAUCUCUCCUUA